GCGGGAGGUACUUCCGCUGUACCGAAACGCGAGUGGAAGGUGGGCGGCCUGUGACGUUAAGAAUUAAUGAGCAGAAGUGUCAGGUGUAACUUCCAUCUUUUUGCAACUGCUUUAGUGAUUUCCUUUUAAUCCACGCAUCCUGAUGACCUUGCGAAAAGUUCUGGAGAACGCAAAAGGCCGCAGGCUGUUGUAUGCUAUUUCGGUCGGUCCUAUUAUAAAAGCCGUUGUUUCAGGGGAAAAUGGUACCCUUCAGCUUUCCUCCAUCAAAACGUGCACUCUGGAAUCCAGCACCUAUUGGAGAAAGCAUUGGCUCCCACCUAAGUUAUCAUAGGAAUCCUAAGUUAUUUGUGACUGAAAAAACUCUGCGACUUGCCCAUCGUCAUGCUAAGCAAAGUCGAAGAAAACCGUUCACCUGUUUUCUAGUUGGAACUCUUGUAAUAGAUGAAGAUUGCAAAGGUGUUUCUAUAACAAUAGACCGUUUUGAUCCGGGUCGUGAAGUAACUGAUGGUUUGGAGAAAAUACCCACUGCACCUCUUCCUGGAGAUUUUUUGAUUCCAUGUACUGUAAAUGCUUGGGCCUCUUCCUCAAGUGAUGUUAUAGUACAUAACUCUGAAGAUUUCAUCUUGGCUUUUAAGAUACUUCAACAGAAUUUGAAUGGCUGUGACUCUCUGGAUCCUUCCAAAUUGCUCACCUUAAGAGUUUAUAUCUCUUCUACGGAGAAUAUGGAUAAUCUAAACUUUGACUUUCAUUGGGCAGCUGUUACAUUGGCUAAUACUUUAAAAUACACUCCUGUGAAUUCUGUUCCAAUCAUUCCUACAGCACUUGCCAGAAACUUAAAUAGCCAUAUGAGUAUUGCACAAGUUCAGGGGACUUGCAAAUGUGGCUAUCUUACAAUGGACCAGACCAGGAAACUACUUUUGGUUCUGGAAUCUGACCCCAAAGCUUACACAUUGCCAUUGAUUGGCAUUUGGUUGAGUGGAAUCACUCAUAUCUACAGUCCACAAGUCUGGGCUUGCAGCCUGCGCUACUUAUAUAGUUCCUCAAUUCAAGAAAGGGUACUUUCAGAAUCAGGAAGUUUCCUUAUAGUUCUUUAUUCUCUGAUACAUAAAGAUCCAGAGUUUUAUGAAUGCCUUCCUUGUGGGCUUACUGAAUUGGAUUUCCAGCUACUUACAAACAAAGAAACAUUACAUCUAUUCAGAAAUGUUGAAACUUCCAAUAAUCAUCCUAUUCAAUUUGAUUUGACUUCUAAAAAUAAAAGUGCAGAAAUGGAACUCUUUAGCAAAAUCUGCAAGAAUAUUUCCAUUCGGCGCCCUUCUCAGGGUUCCUCACCAAGCAAGUUGUCUGUCAGUGAUCAUGACUCUGGUGUGGAAGAUGAUGCAUCCCCAAGAGCAUUUCCAUAUCCUCACCCAACAUGUCAAAAGGUUACAGAGAUCCAGCCUUCAGUUCCUGAACUAUCUAUUGUAUUUGAUGGCAACUUCACAGAAUCUGUACCGACAUCCAAACAUGUCUUAACUGUGGAUAAAGCAAAUCUACAUGUAUAUCAGCCAACUAAGAAAAUAUGUCCUGGAGGUCAUCCAUCCCACCAAAUUCAGACCUGUGAUCGCAGGAAGCAAAUCUUCAGCUCAUGUACUAGGGAGUCUUCCUCAAGACAGUUACCAGGCCAAUUAAAGCAGAAAAUCCCAGUACUAAAACCUUGCAAUGGAGUGCAGGUUCCAUUACACCAGCAGCCCAGCUAUAGUAUAGCUGGAUGUCAAGCAAAAAGGAGCUUUGGGUCUUCUUCAUCCUCUUCUCUUUCAACAUCUUGUAGCGGAUCCUCUCCCAAUACAUCUGCACAUCAGCUUGGAAUACCUUCUGAAAAACUCUGUACAAAAAAUGAUGCUAUGCAAGUGAAAGGGGAACUUGCUUUAAGUGUACCUUUGGUUCCUAAUUCUAAACAGUCUCCUGUAGCUUCCCAGCCUCUUAGGCACAAUUGUGCUUGCUCACCUCCAAGCCUAAGGCCAGUAGAGCUUCGGAUCCCAGUUCAAGGUUCACCUUGCUGUUCUUCCUGUGUCUGCAAAUGUCAGUUACAUGGUCAUAUGCAGUACAGUCCAACAAAUAUAUCGCAAGGGAUAUCUAAAGUGAGCUCCGGUCAGACAUCUGAAGUACAGACAAGUAUUGACCAGGAGAGUACACAAUUGAUGUUCCAUCAAAAUGUAGAAUGUAUAAAUGGGGGUUGCAAUCCAAUAUGUGCCACAAGUAGCCCUAUAAAUCUUGGCCAUUAUGGAAUAAUGGGAAGUUGUUCUCCCCUUGCUGGGGAUGGGUCCUCUGCAGACCAUGCAGUGUAUUCCACUUGUAUGCAUACUCCUUCACUCAAUAUAGGACUGGAUAAUGGAAUGGUGGGAUUAUCUCCUGAUGUUUACAAAAUUCUUACUGAGCAAGACAAGCAGCUCAAGCUCCUGCAAGCUCAGAUCCAGCGGCUUUUAGAAGCACAAACUCUUCAGCCCUGUUCUACUAAGAAUAUAGCCAACAACAGCAUACAGUCUGAGAGGCAACUAGAAUUUGUUACCAUGGAAACUCGGUCUUCCCCAGGGUUACACUUAAAAAAAAGUGUCAGUAUUGCAGUGAGCACAGGUGCUAGUUUGUUCUUGAAUGCACCAUCAGAAGGGAACAAAGAAUCUACAAAACAAGAUGAUAGUGAAAUUUCCAAUGAAGACAUUAAUAUUUCUAUGAACACUGAGAAAGAUAGGAGUCAAGAAAGUAUUGCUUCGUCAUUGAAAGCUGUUGACAUGCCCAGCUUUGUAGACAGUAUCCAUGUUGUGGAGGAAGGAUCUGGUGAAUCUACUGGUGGACUCUGCAAUAUGGCAGUAGCCACAGGAAUAACCCCAGCCUCUGUACUUAGUGAAAAUGUUGAUGUGUGUUUACAAACAAGGCCACUGGAGGGAACUGAUAACCAUUCGGUAGCAAUUAGUGAACAAAAUAUUGAGUAUGCUAUCUCAUCCCCAUCAAGUGUCCCACCAGAUGAUCAGAAGUUUUACCAGGACAUAUUGGGUCAAGUUAAACACUUCUUGAAGGAAUCUUCUGAAGAAAUUACUUCCUGUGUUGCAAGGGAAGAUCAGAUUAGCAGUGAAAGUACCUCAUCCUCAAAAAUGAGUAAGACAAAGAGAAGGAGCUCAGCACCUGACCCAGACCUGAGAGAUAAAGAGAGUGUUCUAAGUGCCACCUUGAAGCAAUUAAGGAAUCUUGGAGUGAAUUUUGACUCUCCAGACAAGAUGGUGAAAAAUGUACAUAAAGUAGAGAAUGCCAGUAUAUUGGCCUGCAUUAACCCUGAAGCAGUAGUUCCAGGGUUAAACUACAUCUCUUUUGCUAAUGUUGGUAUGAGUGGACUAACUCCCAAUGGAGUAGAUCUGAGUAUGGAGGCAAAUGCCAUUGCCCUGAAGUACUUAAAUGAAAGUCAACUGUCUCAGCUUUCUCUGAGUCGUUCAAGCCAAAAGAAUUCCAUGGAUUUGUCUCUACAGACCCUUCUACAUAAUAAUACAGACAAGAAUUUAGUCAGCUUUAACUUAAUAUCACCGAGUAACAUGUCAUUUGCAACCAAGAAGUAUAUGAAAAGAUAUGGACUACUACAAAGUACGGAUGGUAGUGACGAUGAAGAGGAGCAGCAAGCUGACUGCCAUAGGAGAGGAGAGAGCUUAGAACCUGUUCUACAGCUAGAUAUCAGUCCUGUCUUGGAGAACUUUUCCCACUGGAAGCAUCCAUCUGAAGGAGCUUGUGAAAGACAACUUCCUCCUAACUCUGCUAACUCUGUGCAGUGUGAAACUGAGAUGUCUAGCAGUCACUUAUCAAGUUCAGAGGGCUUUUUGUUAAAAAAUGUUACUAAUGCAGUUCUUCCACUCAGAAUCCUGCAGCAAUCCAAAGAAAGUUCACUUCCAUUUCUAAAAGAGUUAAAGCCAAAAAUUAAAUUUCUACCUGGCAAAGCAGAAUUUAUGCAACAUCCUGACAAAGAGAAUCUCAAUGUCCCAAUUGUUCCUGAAACUCCCAUUGUUGAUCAUUUAAGCAAAGCUGACAACAUUAAUUCAGUAGGUACAUUUCUUGACGUCCAGCAACUCAGGCAGCUACCAAAGUUAUUGUGACCUUUGUGGUUUUACAGGCAACCAGCUAUUAAUAGAAAUUAAAACUUUCUUAUAGUAGAACAAAAUCAAGACAAGCCAGUGACUAAGUAACUAUCCUUCUAAAAGCUGUUUUGGCAGUAAAGUGAAUGUGAAAAGAGUACCCAGCCAUUCCAGUUGCUUAGCAUUAUGACUUGGUUAUCAUAUUAAAUAUAGUUAUUUUGCACCUUUUUUGUCACAUUUUAUGUGUUCUUCUUAUACUUCUAAGUUGUGAAUCAGUUUGAUCUAGGCAUAAAGUGGAAAACCAGUCUGUGCUUUUUAAUUAAUGUUUACAUUUACAUUUAUUAAAGUAAGAGGGAUGAAAUGUCCAUGCUUGCAUCUGUCUGAGGUGUUAAGACAGACCUUUUAAAAACUGUUUUUAUUACCAUUUGAAUUUAACCAAGCAUUAGAAUAAUGCACUUCAGUUUACAGCCCAGUUCCUUAUAUGAAUUCCAAAUAAAAUUCCUUGUAACUAAUGUGACCAUGAAACACAUUGAGGAACUCUAACUUACAUUGUGUUUCUGACUAUGAUAAAAUAAAAUCAUUCCAUAUCUUUUUCUGUGUUGUAUAUUUAAAUUCUUUAACCUUUUGUGUGAAUAAAUUAAUAAAAUG